GUUGUAUACGAAAUCACAAGCGCUGAUUGGUUCGGAGACGUGGCGUCAUAUUUGUGGGACUAGGGUCAAUCGUCUCGUUUCUCCGCGAUGGCGGCGGAGGGCCCAGAGAAGACUGCCGAGGAGGGGGCUGGGGCGGGUGCCGGCAACGGGGGGACACGGUACGACCUGGAGAAGGAGACAGAGCUGCGCUUCGAGGUGGAUGCUGGGGAGAAGGUGCAGCUGGAGCUCCUCACGGGAUUGGCUGAGAUCUUUGGCUCCGAGCUCAACCGCAACAAGAAGUACACCUUUGGGCCGGGGUCAAAGGUUGCUGUGUUCACCUGGCAGGGCUGCAGCGUUUCUCUCUCGGGGAAGACUGAAGUGGCGUAUGUUUCUAAGGACACCCCCAUGCUGCUCUACCUGAAUACACACGCUGCACUGGAACAAAUGAGACGACAGGCAGAGCGAGACAACGAGAGGGGACCGCGGGUGAUGGUGGCGGGGCCGACAGACGUGGGCAAAUCGACGGUGUGCCGGCUGCUGCUGAGUUAUGCCGUCAGGCUGGGAAGGAGGCCCACCCUGGUGGAGUUGGACGUGGGCCAGAGUGGGGUGUCAGUCCCGGGCACCAUGUCAGCGCUGUGUAUCGAACGUCCAGCUGACGUGGAGGAGGGUUACUCUGUACAGGCUCCACUAGUCUACCACUUCGGCUCCACCUCUCCGGGGACCAACAUCAAACUCUACAAUAAGUUGACGUCGUGUCUGGCCGAUGUUUUCUCCCAGCGCUGUGAGGUGAACCGCAAGGCCAGCGUGGGCGGCUGUAUCAUCAACACCUGUGGCUGGGUGAAGGGUUCCGGCUACCAGGCCCUGGUCCACUGUGCUUCUGCCUUCGAGGUGGAUGUGGUACUGGUGUUGGACCAGGAGAGGCUCUACAAUGAACUGAAGCGGGACUUGCCGCACUUCGUCCGGGUCGUGCUCCUUCCCAAAUCUGGAGGGGUGGUGGAGCGCUCGAAGGACUGCCGGCGUGAGGCUCGGGACGAGAAGAUCCGGGAGUACUUCUACGGUUUCCGCAGUGCCUCGUUCUUCCCUCAUGCCUUUGACGUGCGCUUCUCUGACGUGCGCAUCUACAAGAUCGGGGCGCCGUCCAUCCCGGACUCGUGCCUACCUCUGGGGAUGUCGCAGGACGACACCCAGCUGAAGUUAGUCCCCGUGACCCCGGGCCGUGACCUCACGCACCAUGUGCUGAGCGUAAGCUGUGCUGAUGAGGGGGAGGAAGUGCGGGGGGGGGUGCGGAGGGGCGUGCUGGAGAGUCCGGUGUGCGGGUUCAUUGUGGUGACUAACGUAGACACACAGGCACAGGUGAUGACUGUUCUCUCGCCGGCCCCGCGGCCGCUCCCCAGACACACACUCCUCAUCAUGGACAUUCGCUUCAUUGACCUCAAGUAGAGAGAGAGAGAAACCACAAUAGGAAGAGAGAGCGGGGCUAAUACCCAGGGGGCUGUCAAAUAGUUAAAUUUUUGUGGCAUUGAGCUUGGGGAGCAGAGCAGUAGCCUUGUGGCCAAUCUCUUCGGCUAACAUUCCAGGCCUUGUUCUACAUUGUGUAUCUUUAGCGUAUUGCUCACAGAAAAGGCUGGUUACAUGUUGGACAUGGAACUGACUUGUUUCAGGAUUUGGGUUAUUAAAUGAUGGAGAAUUCCCAACCCAGUGUGAUGAGAGUAGAGAUUCUAUUUGAAGAUUUCAUGUCACAAGGUGUAAGGAGUGGAAGCAUAGCUAAACGGACUGCUAGCUGUAGUUCUGUUUUGUCAUUUUCACACUGAGCUGACAAGGGAGAAGUACAGAUGUUGUGCGGUGAGCACAGGGGGUUAGAACUGAGCAAAGGGCAGCAAUACAACUGAAGGUUAUUUGUUCAAUUCUGAUCACUUAUAGACACUGGUCUGAGUUUUAAAUCAGUUAUUUUGAGUUGUUUCUCUGUCUCUUGGGUAUGAAAUGGUUUUAUUGUUAAAAAAGAAAAAAUAUUUUUAAUAAAAUUUGAGUCUAACCUCUUUUCCUUA